ACCAUGUAUAAACUCUAACACUAGAAAGUACGAGUUAAUCAUAAAUCCACUAAAAUUUCUCUCGCCGUGCUGUGUUCUUCUCUCUCUAUUUUCCUUAAUUUUUUUCCCUUAAUCCUUAGAACGUAGCAGAAUACCUCUGACUUGUUGGAUUGUUCUUCAAUCCUGCUGCUUUGAUCAGUGACAUAAUUUAUCUUUAAUGGCGGAAUCUAUUGCUGAUUUGAAUUGCCCGAAUCUCCAGAAAAACCUUUCUAUACUCUCUCCGGAUCAUGUUGAAUUGGCAAAAAUGCUGGUUCAAAAUGGACAAAGCCAUCUCUUUGAUGAAUGGCCGGAACCUGGGGUUGAUGAUGAGGAGAAAUUCGCAUUCUUUUAUCAGGUUACUCGUCUUAAUGCCAGCUACCCUGGCGGUAUUGUUCAAUAUAUAAAUAAUGCUAGAGAACUUCUAGCGGAUUCAAAGGCCGGAAAGAAUCCCUUUGAUGGAUUUACACCUUCUGUUCCAACAGGGGAAAAUCUGACUUUUGCUGAUGAGAACUUCAUCAAAUAUGAAGAGACUGGUGUCAAGGAAGCAAAACACACUGCAUUUGUUCUUGUUGCUGGUGGUCUUGGAGAACGUCUUGGGUACAAUGGAAUUAAGAUUUCUCUUCCUUCUGAAACAUCCACUGGAGCAUGCUUCUUACAGCUGUACAUAGAGUCUAUCCUUGCUCUUCAAGAAGCUAGCUGCAAGCUGUCUGAAGGCGAAUCUCACAAGGAUAUCCCUCUUGCAAUUAUGACAUCUGAUGACACUCAUGCACGCACAUUGGAACUGUUGGAGUCAAAUUCUUAUUUUGGAAUGAAACCAACACAAGUCUCACUUCUCAAGCAGGGAAAAGUGGCUUGCCUAGCGGAUAAUGAUGCCAAGAUUGCAGUGGAUCCAAAUAAUAAGUACAGAAUUCAGACUAAGCCUCACGGCCAUGGUGAUGUGCAUUCACUAUUAUAUUCCAGUGGUCUUUUAAACCAAUGGCAAGAUGCUGGUGUAAAAUGGGUUUUGUUCUUCCAAGAUACAAAUGGACUUCUCUUCAAGGCAAUUCCCGCGUCAUUGGGAGUCAGUGUCACCAAAAAAUACGAAGUUAAUUCUCUUGCAGUUCCUCGAAAAGCAAAAGAAGCUAUUGGAGGCAUUACUAAACUUACACAUGCUGAUGGGAGGACAAUGGUGAUCAAUGUAGAAUACAAUCAACUUGACCCUCUGCUUCGAGCAACUAUUAAUCCAGAAGGAGAUGUUAACUGUGAGACAGGAUUUUCUCCUUUCCCUGGAAAUAUUAAUCAGCUAAUCUUGGAACUUGAAUCAUACAUGGAGGAACUCAAGAAGACUAAAGGUGCCAUUAAAGAGUUUGUUAACCCAAAAUAUAAGGAUUCUACAAGGACGCUUUUUAAAUCCUCUACUCGAUUGGAGUGUAUGAUGCAGGACUACCCCAAGAAUUUGCCUCCGACCGCAAGAGUCGGGUUUACAGUGAUGGAUAUAUGGCUUGCUUAUGCACCUGUGAAGAACAAUCCUGAGGAUGCUGCAAAGGUUCCGAAGGGUAACCCAUACCAUAGUGCAACUUCGGGUGAAAUGGCCAUCUAUAGAGCACACAGCCUUAUUUUAAGAAAGGCGGGUGUCCAAAUAAGUGAUCCUGUAAUAGACGUGUUUAACGGGCAAGAAGUUGAGGUAUGGCCUCGUAUCGUAUGGAAGCCCAAAUGGGCAAUAACAUUUUCUGAUGUCAAAAGGAAAAUUGAAGGAAGUUGUUCAAUUUCUCAAAAGUCUACUAUGCUUAUCAAAGGUCGGAAUAUUGUCAUUAACAACCUUUCUUUGGAUGGAGCUUUGGUUGUUGAUGCAGUUGAUGAUGCUGAGGUAAAAGUGGAAGGUUGUGUACAAAACUCGAGUUGGACUCUCGAAAAAGUCGAUUGGAAGGACACUUCCAUUCCUGAAGAAAUAAGAAUAAGAGGUUUCAAAAUCAACAAGGUUGAUCAACUUGAAGGAAAUUUCCAACAACCUGGAAAAUACAAUCUCAAACCUUGAUAUAAGAAAACAAAUAUCCUCCCUUGGAUCUUCAUUCAUUAAUAAUCAAAUUUUAGUUUAUUACUCUUUGUUCAUUUAUUAUUGACUUAUAAAAAUUUUUAUCUUCAAUUAUAAAUUUGGAUAUAGAAGAAUGAAGGUUUGGACUAA